UGGAUUUGGUUGCCAAGUCAACCACUGGCUUCUUCUUAGCUGGUCUCUAAAUCCGGUGCUGAGAAGUCCAGAGAUCCCAGGGACACCUCGGCACCAUGAUUUCCGUACUGGACGCCAUAUGGGAGGACCGGGAUAUCCGCUUCGAUAUCACACCCCAGCAAAUGAAAAUGAGACCAGGAGAAGUGCUGAUAGACUGCUUAGAUUCUAUCGAAGACACUAAAGGGAACAAUGGAGACAGAGGUCGACUUUUAGUGACAAAUUUACGCAUAAUUUGGCAUUCUCUAGCUCUACCUCGUGUGAAUCUGGCUGUUGGCUACAACUGUAUUAUAAACAUUACUUCAAGGACUGCUAAUUCAAAAUUACGAGGUCAAACCGAAGCACUUUAUAUUUUAACAAAAUGCAAUAAUACACGUUUUGAGUUCAUUUUCACGAAUGCUGUCCCUGGAAGUCCUAGGCUGUUCACGUCUGUCAUUGCUGUACAUAGAGCCUAUGAGACCUCCAAAAUGUAUAGAGAUCUGAAGCUAAGAGGGGCGCUGAUCCAAAACAAACAGCUGAGACUUCUUCCCCGGGAGCAGGUCUAUGACAAAAUCAAUGGCGUAUGGAAUUUAUCCAGUGACCAGGGCAAUUUAGGCACUUUCUUUAUAACAAACGUGAGAAUCGUGUGGCACGCCAACAUGAAUGACAGUUUUAAUGUCAGCAUCCCUUAUUUACAAAUUCGUUCCAUAAAGAUCAGAGAUUCAAAGUUUGGCUUGGCACUUGUGAUUGAAAGCUCCCAACAGAGUGGUGGAUAUGUUCUUGGCUUUAAAAUUGAUCCUGUGGAGAAACUCCAAGAUUCGGUGAAGGAAAUUAAUUCAUUGCACAAAGUCUACUCAGCAAGUCCUAUCUUUGGAGUGGAAUAUGAGAUGGAGGAAAAGCCUCAAGCUCUGGAAGAACUCACAGUGGAACAUGUUCAGGAUGAUGUUGAAAUAGAACCUGAUGAACAUACUGAUGCGUUUGCGGCAUAUUUUGCUGAUGGGAACAAGCAGAAAGAUCGGGAGCCUGUGUUUUGUGAAGAGCUCGGCCUUGCUGUAGAAAAACUAAAAGAUGGCUUCACUUUGCAAGGAUUAUGGGACGUGAUGGUGUGAGAAUGAUCCAAAUCAGUUUGAAGUCUUUUCAACUAAAACAAUUUAACCCACCGCCGACCCGUUUGUUAAUACAGCACUACUUUUGCAGGAUUUAACUGUCCCUGUAGCACUGGAAGUGUUCAACACAGUAGCGCAGUCAUAUCAGCAAAUUGUGUUUUGAUUUUACACUAUUUGUCCGGACGGUCACAAGCCUCUAUUUAAUGUGUUAACAAAUAUGUGAAUAUUUAAAGGGACACUAUAGUCACCAGAACAACUACAGUUUAUUACACUUGUUCUGGUGAGUAGAAUCAUUUGCUUCAGGCUUUUUUCUGUAAACACUGUCUUUUCAGAGAAAAUGCAGGGUUUAAAUUACAGCCUAGUGAUAACUCCACUGGCCACUCCUUAGAUGGUUGCUAGAGGUGCUUCCUGGGCAGUGCUGCAGAGUAAGCAGCACUGCCAUUCAGUGUCUCCACCCUCUGCAUGCAGACACUGAACUUUCCUCAUUCAUUGAUUCAAUUCAUCUCUAUGAGGAGAUGCUGAUUGGCCAGGGCUGUGUUUGAAUUGUGCUGGCUCUGCCCCUGAUCUGCCUACUUGUCAGUCUCAGCCAAUCCUAUGGGGAAGCACUGUGAUUGGCUCAGACAACCACUUCUGAUUAUGUCAGCAGACAGAGGCAGUACAUAGGCAAACAGUGCAGAUCCAGGAGCUGCAGACUUGAAUACAAGUAAGAUUUUACUUUAUUUAGGAAGGCAAGAGUGGUGAGGGGGGCUAGAUGGUGAGUUUAGCACUAUAGGGUCGGGAAUACAUGUUUGUGUUCCUGACCCUAUAGCUCUCCUUUUAAACUAGCUUUGAAAAGCUUGGUUUACUUUAAAAAUGUUCAGCUCAGGCAAUGCUGACACAGUGGCACUUCAUAAACAGUGCAAUUCUGCUAUGCACACUACCAGCAAAUGUAUGGAUGAAAUGUUGUUGCUCAUUAUAGUAAAGUAAGAUGGCUCUGGAUAAUUUCUCUUUGCUCUUCGUAUAACGACACUUCUAGCAGUGCUGGGCAGUGAGAUGCCUGCAUAGCAACAUUAUUAUUGUAGCCAUCACAGCUCACUCUCAGAAUUUUAUGUACAGCUGUAUGCAUUUCCUUUUGAGAUAUACUAUUUUAAAUUAUUUUGUAAAAUAGUUUGUAUUUAGAUAACUGGAUUUUGUAUGUAUUCUAUAUAUAUUAAAGUCACAUAAGACUGGUAUGCUAUAAUGUCUACUAAAUGAUUUUAUAUGCUUACAUUAAUUUAG